CUGAAACACGUUUGAUCAUGGCGGUCGUUGGGUCAUCGGAAAAUGGGUUUGAAGAGAAGAAUCAGCAGGAGAUGCUUAAUGAGCAUAGCAAUGACGAAAAUGGUGAAAAAUUGAAGAACGGAAUAAAUGAUUUGGCUGAGAUGUUGUCUAACCUGAACCCAAUGGCUAAGGAGUUCAUACCCCCUUCUCUUGCUAAUCGAUCUUCUGUAAAUGGAAAGAGGAGGAAUAGAAAGUAUGUUCAAGCAAAGAGAAAGUUGAAUAAGAAAACAGGCAUUCCUCGGAGAACUGAUGCUAUUAGGAACACCGUUUAUGUUACUGAUAUUGAUCAAAAGGUUACAGAGGAGGUUCUUGCAGGUCUCUUUCAGAGUUGUGGACCGAUUGUUGAUUGUCGCAUAUGUAGUGAUCCUACAUCGGCUCUCCACUUUGCCUUCAUCGAGUUUCAUAAUGAAGAGGAUGCAAAGGCUGCUUUGAAAUUGUCUGGAACCGUUCUCGGGUUUUACCCGUUGAAAGUGAUGCCUUCCAAGACUGCAAUUGCACCUGUUAACCCGACAUAUUUACCCAAGUCCGAUGACGAGCGUGAGAUGUGCUCAAGGACCAUUUACUGUGCAAACAUACACAGGAAGGUUACUCAAGCUGGCAUCAAACUCUUCUUUACAUCAAGUUGUGGAGAGGUUCGGCGCUUGAGGCUAUUGAAAGACUCUAAGCAUCCAACUCAAAGUGCUUUUGUGGAGUUCACAACGGCCGAGAGUGCCACUGCAGCUCUCAACUUCAGUGGUGCAGUUCUGGAAUCACUGCCGAUUAGGGUAGCCCCAUCGAAGACACCUGUUCGUCGUCGUGCUCCUCGCCCUGGAAAGCACUGAGUCAUCCUCGCUUGUUUCUUUCUCAGAGACCAAUCAACCACCAACAUAUAUACGCACAUACAUUAUGUGAUACGGCAGCCGAAAGUACUUUCAGAGCUGAUGUUAUCAUCAUGUUCCUGUGUCCUAGCUCGGUACAUUUGUUACUUCCAGUGGUGUAACUGUGUUGCUGUUUUAUUUCGAAGUUGCA